AUGGCCGAGGCGCCAGCUGCGGCGGCAGCACCAGACGCCAUGGUUGAGGCCCCUCCAGCAGAGUCAGCUGCAGAGGAGGCUGUAGCGGCGACUGAGGCAGCAGCGCCGGAGGUCACGGAGGUCCCCAGCUCUGCCCCACAACCCAUGCAGGAGGAAGAGCCGGAGGUGGUGUACAGGAGGCACCUUCUUCCGAGCCCAGCAGAGGUCCUUCUCCCCCGCCUCCUGAUCAAGACCCAGCAGGCGCUGGAGGAGACGGAGGCGGCUCGUGAGGAGCGUGAUGAUCUGCAGGAGCAGCUGCACGGGGAGCGCGUGCAGCUCGUGCAGGAGCGCGAUGAUCUGCAGGAGCAGCUGCAGAAGGUCCUCGAGCGGGAGGCGACGGCUGCCCAGCUGGAGAGGGCGGACGUCCGGCAGGAGGCGAAGGCCGUCGAGCGGGAGCUGGCGGCGGAGGAGUGGUCGACAGUCGCCCUCGAGCUGACCAACAUGGCCAAGGCGGCAAUGAAGCUGAUCGAAGAGCAGCGCGCCGCCCUGGGGGAACGGGCGGCAGCCGUGGUGAAAGGGGAGGCCAACCUCGACAUCCACUAG